AAACCAAAGGAAUCAAACUAUUCAUUUUAUCCGAAGUUUACGUUUUAAACCCAGUUAUUCGGGAGAACUCGUCUCUCCGGCAUCCCCCCGAUGCUCCGCCCCCACAUUCCAGCGUCUGGACUGUGAGGAAGAGGAGGAGAGAAGAGGAAGCAGAGCUCAGUGGAAGUUUGAAGCGAAGAAAUGAUAAACAUAAACACCGAGUCCUAGGUCUGACUGGUGCAGCAUCUCUAGACCUCCCGUCCGCGUUAUUUGCUUCCCCAACCACAUUUCCUCUCGGUACCAGAGACUUUCUCAGGAGUUCCUCACUGACUCCGCCGAACUUUCCAGCCGGCUGCACCGGGCCGAACUCCCGCUAAAGUCUCGCUGAAGGUGUCGCUGCGAUAUCCCGGAGACUGCCAUGGAGCUCCUGGACAGCACCGAAUCCUUUUUACACUGGGACCGGAACCUUAGCGAGCUGUCUGACGCAGGGGAGAUGGACUCUCUGUACACCAACCACUUCUCUGAGUUCCUGGAUGACCUCUCUCAAGACGUCUUGCUGGGUCAGCUGCUCAGUGACCCCUUCCUGUCCGGAGUGAGGGGCGGAGGAGAGGCCAUGGAGGGUGAGGACGUCGGAGACAUGUCCCCGUCUUCCCCUCUGCCUCCUCACAUCACCGCCGAGCACAGCUACUCACUGUGCGGAGACAGUCGCCCACAGUCCCCGCUGUCACACUUGACUGGAGAGCACUGCAGCGACGCAGAAUCUGAAGCAGACACGUCCGAGUGGCCGAUGGAGCAGGAUGACGGCCUCCUUUGUGAGACUCCCUGUCUCCUCCCUACCAUCUCCCUUUCACUGACCAACAAUGAGGGGACACAGGCUCCUGCCGAGGAACCGUCUGUAGCCCCAGUCACAGUUGCAGCUCCUGCCCCAGCCACCAAUGUCUCCCCAAACCAUGGCAAAGGCAUCAAGAUAAAGGAGGAGAUUAUCAUCCCCAAGAUAAAACUGGAGCCUCAUGAGGUGGACCAAUUCCUCAAUCUGUCACCCAAAGGUCUGGAGUCUCUGCAGAUGCCUCCAACCCCUCCCAGUUCCCAUGGAAGCGACUCUGAGGGCAGCCAAAGCCCUGUCCAUGCCCCACCAGGUCUGUCCUGUCCUACCUCCCCUACCAGUCCUGCCCCAUCUCAGUCCAGCCUGAAGACCUCUCCCCGUGGUUCCUCCUCCCUGUCUAACUCUCCCCUGCUCACCGCCCCUCAUAAGCUGCUGGGGUCCGGGCCGCUCAUGCUGACUGAGGAGGAACGCCGGACACUUGUGGCUGAAGGUUAUCCAGUUCCUACUAAACUCCCUCUCACCAAAGCUGAGGAAAAGGCUCUGAAGAAGAUCCGCAGGAAAAUCAAGAACAAGAUCUCUGCUCAAGAAAGUCGCAGGAAAAAGAAAGAAUAUAUGGACACGUUGGAGAAAAAGGUGGAGAACUGCUCCAACGAAAACAACGAGCUGCGCAGGAAAGUGGAGUCGCUGGAGUGUGCCAACAAGUCUUUGCUGCAGCAGCUGAAGUCUCUGCAGGCAGCUGUUGCUGGCAAAAUCCACAAAUCCUGCAGAGCUGCAGGAACCCAGACCUCAUCCUGCCUGAUGGUGGUGGUUUUGUGUUUUUCUCUGUUUUUGGGAAGUUUCUACCCCAGCAGUCUGACGGAUGGCUCCUCCAUGACUAGCAGUGACCACAGCCCCAAGCAGUUGGCCAUGAAAGACUCAUACUCAACAACAGUGAAGUCAAGGAAUCUGUUGUCGACCUUUGAGGAGGAGCAGCCACACGUCCUCGGUCUUGGUGGGGAAUAUCCUGACCAAUGGGAGGAGACACCCACGGUUGUCAUGGCAGCGUGGCGUCGCUCCGAGCAACAGAAAGUCAGAGAGGAGCCCAUUGGGGUGGACUCACAUCUGCCUCUCAGGAGUAAAAGUAACGAUACGCACGCAGCCAAAAACCUCCUGCUGGACCUGCCCAGGUCUCUGGAGCAGACAGCGAAUGAGAGCAGUAGCAAAAGAAUCGAGUUAGAGCGAACGGUCAACGAGACCUCCUGAGGGUGACUGAAACCCUCCUGCCCCUUUGACCCAGAGCAUGUUCAGUGUCCUGGAGCAAACCUCAUAGUUUCCACUGCUGAUCUAAAGGUCCAUAUUUGGUUACACUGAACUAAUGGUGAUCACAACGACAAGGCCCUGGUGGCCUGCGUCUCUGAAAGUUACGUUGCACUGACUCGUUUUCUCCAUGAGCCAAAUUCAAUGUUAAGGUUGACUAAUUGAGACACUGCUUGGAAAAUCCCAUCCAAAUUGAUCUAUUCAAUAAAGUAGCUUUUUCCAGUGGAAAAUAUUUAAUAGAAAUAUUGACAGUGUAGUGUGAGGCUUUUUUACAGGACACUGACGAGGACCUCUGUAUUUAUAUUUUCAUAAAAAUGGCUCUUUUUAGUUGUAUAUCUUUUGAUGAUACAUGUUUUUUUUUCAUCCCAGUAAUGCCAUUUUGACAUGCUUUAUUUGUGUAUUUUUAUUAUAUUCUUUUAUAUACUGUCAAUGUGUCAGUGCUGUAGCUCUGGGUUGUGUUCAAAGUCAGAUAAAGAAGUGGAUGGAUCCCAUUAAUAAAAAUAAAGAGGUCAGAUUUGUAUUUAUGCAGAAGUUUAGUAGUGUCAUGUCAUUUCACCAGACAUGUGUUUCUGUUAAAUCAUUGUAAGAUGGUAACAAGAGUGUCAGAUUUGAGAGUAAAACAAAGGCUCAAGUUAGCCAGCUGGUUUAGUGAGACUAGCAUUGCUCUUUAAACGACUUCCAAAACCCUUACACAGUUUUAAGUUCACCCGACAUGCUAACAUUCACAUAUUAUUUAUGUUUAUAGAUCGUCUUUUUUAGUCCUGUUUGAUAUGUUUGACACCUUUCUGGAAGCCAGUUUAGCUAGAAAUACAUUUUAUCCCACUGCACGUACUGUGUGUGUCAAGAUCAGCAACAUUUCUUAAUUCAACAGCUAAUAAUCUUUUAUGCCAAAGCUAAUCUCAGAAAACGCCACAAUGUUUCCAUCAAGUGGUUAGUUUUGUUCCCAAAUGUAACAUAUAAUUCAUUAUUUGUCGGAAAGAAAAAAAAAGAUUUUUGUAAAUAUGACAUGUUUAUAACUGUGACAUUGUUUGGGCUUUUCUUUUUUUUUUUGUUCCAAUUUUUUUUGAAAAGCCAAUCCGUUAGCGUCUCCUGAUUUGACUAAUAGCUGCAGGAUUUUGCUUGAUGCUAUUUGUUUGCAUUCCUCUCUUAUAAUUCAAGCUAGAUUAGAGUCUGGUGAACACUGACGUCAAACUGGUCAUGUGUUGCUUGUGUUUAAAGAGAUGUAAAAGAAGUUGUUCAUUUAUAUGUUCAAAAGAAAGUUUUGUCUAUGCAGUUCUGUCUCAUAUCCCUGUUGCUUCAAGCUCUCAUGUACAAGCCUGUCUGUCCUCUUACUUUUCA